CUGUGGAUGUCUAGAAACAGCAACUCACAUACGGCCGUCAACUACAUUCUGAAUCCCUAUUUAAGUGGUUGUACGCAUUUAUCCUCGGGUGAUUGUCCAUUUCCGUCCCUGCCAACUGUCCCCCAGUCCAUGACUCUCGAUCGUUGACCCGCACUUGGGUCAGACAUAAAGAUCAACCAUGAGCUCCUUAAAGCAGUUCAUUCGCAAUGUCCGCGCCGCGAAGACCAUUGCGGAUGAGCGAGCCGUCGUGCAGAAAGAAAGCGCAGCGAUUCGAGCCAGUUUUCGGGAAGAGAGCCACGACUCCAAUGUCAGGAGAAACAAUGUCGCGAAGUUGCUAUACCUCUUCACCCUUGGGGAGCGGACACACUUUGGGCAGAUCGAAUGCCUAAAGCUGCUGGCGUCACCGCGCUUUGCGGACAAGCGGUUGGGUUACCUGGGGACGAUGCUCCUGCUGGAUGAAAAUCAGGAGGUCUUGACUUUGGUGACGAACUCGCUGAAAAAUGACCUCAACCACUCGAACCAAUAUGUGGUCGGUCUUGCUUUAGUGACCCUCGGAAACAUUGCGUCGAUCGAGAUGUCGCGAGAUCUCUUCCCGGAAGUCGAAACCAUACUAUCGAGCUCGAACCCCUACAUUCGUCGAAAGGCAGCGAUCUGCGCCAUGCGGAUAUGUCGAAAGGUUCCCGACCUACAGGAGCACUUCCUCGAGAAGGCGAAAAUGCUCCUCUCCGAUCGAAACCAUGGCGUGCUACUCUGUGGACUUACAUUAGCGACGAGUAUGUGCGAGCUGGAGGAGGAGCUGGAGGAAGCUGAGGGCGUGAUCGAUGUGUUUCGACCGCUGGUACCCGGGCUUGUCAAGAUCCUGAAAAGUCUGGCGAACUCCGGAUAUGCCCCCGAACAUGAUGUGUCCGGGAUAACCGACCCAUUCUUACAGGUGAAGAUUUUGCAAUUGCUUAGAGUCUUGGGACGAGGGGACCAAGAGACGAGCGACCAGAUCAAUGACAUCCUAGCACAGGUCGCGACUAACACCGAUGCGUCCAAAAACGUCGGUAACUCUAUCCUCUACGAAUCCGUCCUUACCAUCCUCGACAUCGAAGCCGACUCGGGCCUGCGAGUCCUAGGGGUUAAUAUCUUGGGGAAGUUCCUGUCCAACCGAGACAACAAUAUACGUUACGUCGCAUUGAACACCCUCAUCAAAGUGGUGGCUGUUGAGCCGAACGCAGUCCAAAGACACCGAAACACGAUCUUGGAUUGUUUGCGGGAUCCCGACAUUAGCAUUCGCAGAAGAGCACUGGAUCUUAGCUUCACCCUCAUCAAUGAAGGCAACGUCCGCGUCUUGAUCCGCGAGCUUCUCUCAUUCCUCGAGGUAGCGGAUAACGAGUUCAAGCCGAUUAUGACUUCACAGAUCGGUAUCGCGGCGGAUCGUUUUGCGCCGAACAAGAGAUGGCACAUUGACACUAUGCUACGAGUUCUCAAACUGGCCGGCAACUAUGUUAAGGAACAAAUCCUUUCCUCGUUUGUUCGACUCAUUGCAACUACCACCGAACUACAAACCUAUUCCGCCCAGAAGCUCUAUGCUGCCUUAAAGGAUGACAUUACUCAAGAAGGAUUAAACCUCGCCGGUGCUUGGGUGAUCGGCGAAUAUGCCGACGCCCUUCUCCAAGGAGGCCAAUAUGAGGAAGAGGAGCUGGUGAAGGAUAUCAAAGAGAGUGAUCUCGUUGAUUUGUUUUCGACUAUACUCAGCAGCAGCUACAGCACCAAGAUCGUGACGGAGUACAUCGUGACGGCUGCAAUGAAGCUGACAACUCGGCUAUCCGAUCAAACGCAGGUCGAGCGGAUCCGGCAACUCCUUCGGACCCGACAGACCGACUUGGACGUCGAGAUCCAGCAGCGCGCCGUCGAGUACACGCACCUCAUGUCGUACGAUCAAGUCCGUCGCGGUGUGCUCGAGCGGAUGCCCCCGCCGGAAAUCCGAGAAGAGCAGCGAGUCCUCGGCGAAGCGACGAAGAAGCGACAUUCCACCGUGCAGAAGAAGAAAUCGAACCAAGUCACCGAAGACAUGCUUCUGGAUCUCAUGGGUGGCGCCGAUGAGGCGGGCCCAUCGACCAAGCCGACAACGAAUGGAGGCCAGAAAAAUGCAGAUCUGCUCGCUGAUAUUCUCGGCGGUAGCCCCUCCCCUGUAGCAGACCCAUCGACGUCGCCCUCGCAGCCCGCCACUUCUAACGUCAACUCAAUCAUGGACCUCUUCAACUCCAAUCAACCCAGCACCACCCCGUCCCCCGCCCCCUCCGGUUCCCUCGAUAUCCUCGGCGGUAUCGGCUCCCCUGCGCCACCCACCGCCGCGGAGCACCUCGUCUACCACAAGAACGACCUCCGCAUCUCGUUCACCUGCCAACGCCCCGGCAACGCCGUCCAGGUGCUGGCCAAGUUCAAAAACGACGGCGCCACGGCGCGGUUCACUGGUGUCGCGCUGCAGGCCGCGGUGCCCAAGUCGCAGAAACUGCAGCUGCAGGCGCUGAGCAGUGCGGAGCUUGCGCCGAAUGCGGAGGCGUCGCAGCAGAUGCGGGUGGUGGGAGUCAGCGGCCCGCCGCCUGCCAAGCUUCGGUUGAGGCUAAAGCUCAAUUAUUCGGUGGAUGGUGGCGCUCCGAUCACCGAACAGGUGGAUUGGUCCGAGCCCGCGUGAACAAGCAUUAUCCAGUCGUCUUGUCUUUGUGCCGUGCAUCUUCGAAUGACCUGAGGGUGGGACGCAUUCUGGUGGGAGGGCGGGGUCGAACGUGGACGUUCGGCCGCUGAUGUUGUCGUUUUACGAUUUCAAGGAUAGUGUGUAUGCAGCACAGGCGAAUGAGAAGAUUAAACACGGGAGAUUGCUCUCCCUUUCACAUUGAAAAUGUCUAGUGAGAUGGGAUUUCUAUAACUAUAAAAGCGCUUAGAUGUCCUAGACUAGGACGUAUAAUGCACACAUC